AAUUCAGGCCGCCAUAUUGAUGAUCUGAAAGAUUCAUUGCGCAAAAACAACAUUACAGAUUUUAGAGUGUUCCGAAGCCAAGAUGAGCUUCCUAUUGUAAGUUGUGCCCUUCCUUUGAUCAUUCUUAAAGGGUUAAGCUACAUUUUAACAGAUACUACUUAAUUUAUUUCAUAGCAGCGGCGGUUCGAGCACCGACUACCGAGUUGACGGAAAGUAGUAUGCUCAAGUCAAAGUGUAAUUUUCCUUUAUUUUUCUUUCUCUUUCAGCGGUGGCCGUUCUACGAAGACUUUCAAACCCAAGAAGAACAUUCCAGAAGGAACACAUCAGUAUGAUUUGAUGAAACAAGCGGCUGCAACUCUUGGUAGUGGUAACUUACGAUUGGCGGUCAUGCUCCCCGAGGGAGAAGAUUUGAACGAAUGGGUCGCUGUAAAUAGUAAGUUUGAACGCCGUCAUUCCUCUGUAAAGCAAAUCUUCUUGUUGUUCCUGUUUUUAUAAGGACAUUAGUUACAACAGGGAAAUUUUGUGAACGACCAAUACCACUGGAGUACUCGUUCAACAGAAUUUGUUGAUAUGGUCACUUAAGCUUACUUUAAACUUCUUUAAGCUUAAAUGAGAGAGGGUGAUAAGUAUACUUUCAUUUUACAGGUCAUCACGUAGAACUCGAGCAAUUAUCCUUCAUUAAGUCUGACUUUGUGAGGGUAUCGAGGUCUGCAUUGACUAAUUUUUAUUUCAUUUUUUUUUUUUUUCACGAACGUUCUAUCAACUUUAGACAGAACAUAUGGAGUUGACCUUGACACUGUUUUGUUCUUCUUUUCAGCUGUGGACUUCUUUAAUCAAAUCAACAUGUUGUACGGUACAAUAACAGAGUUCUGCUCAGCAGAGUCAUGUCCUGUCAUGUCUGCCGGCCCAAAGUAAGUAAACCUUCUAUAAGGUUAGAGUCAAUGGGUUCUACCGUGCUGUUCUGAGUUGUAUUGUGCCCUAAUUAAACAUUGUAGGAAUAAUUUUAUGGCUUCAAAGUACUCUGGUUCCUCACAAAUAUACCUUUUAAUUAGUGAUCCCUUCCAAAACUAGCAGUUUCCAUUGGAAAGUGAAGUGCUGGCAGUAAAGCUUAUUACAUUUGACAUAGUUUGAAUAAGUUUUUACCUAGCAGUAGCCGUUGGCUAGAAAGUGCGGGCGAAACCGCUUCAUAUGUGGGUGAAUUUCUUUCACUGCAGGUCAUGAAAACUGGAUUGAACAACGCGGUAAACAAUAGUCACAUAAUUAUUUAAUUCAACGAUUUUAUUUGCAGUUGCUUAGAUACAAUUAGCCUGCGAAUGGUAGGGAGCAUGAAAAGAUGCUUGUUUUUUAUUCACUGGCAAAGAUACAUUGAAACAGUAUUAAAUGCGUGACACAAGUAACGCGGGUAUGCAGUCACGCACAAAGUCUUUUUACUCAAUCAAAUAUUCAAUCCGUGUUAAAUGACUAAAGGCCGUUGACAUGCGAUACAAAAUAAUGAAACAGCUUAAAUUACCACCGGAGUUCAAAGUGGAUUAAAGUUUUCGGAUGACAGGCAAUGUAACAUGCUUGAAAAUGUAUAAAAAUAUAAAACCCUGGAAAACCAUGCACUGUAGUGAAACCUGAAUAAACUUUAUAGUUUACAUCGAUUUCUAGACUUGAAAACUUGUCCCGCACUAAGCUGAGAUCAGGCUCUACUUUUCUUUUCCUGGGUAAAUAGAUUCCAGGGCGGGAAGGGGAAUUGAAAAGUCGCCCAUUUAGUAGAGUACUUGUGUACCUGAAUUACGUGUGCUUCCGAAUCGAAUGUGUAAUAAUGAUUGUUGCAUCACUAACAUGUGCAUUCACUUGAUUACUGUGAAAUCAGAUGGACCUUGAACUCAACACCAGGACCCACAGUGCCACAUACCAUUCAUACCAUGCAUAUGUGACCCUCUUUGGGAAAACGGACACUAACGCUUUUCCGUUUAAACGGGGAAACCGUUUACUAUUCGUUUAAAUCCGUUUAAUAGGUUCAUGCAAGCGUUUAAACGGUUUGCUUAUCCGUUUAAAAAAAGUUGCAUCCGUUUAAUGCUUUAACGAAAACGUUUAAACGGUUUGCUUAUCCGUUUAAAAAAAAUUGUAUCCGUUUCAUGCAUUCGUGAAAACGUUUAAACAGUUUCCUCAUCCGUUUAACGCUCUAGGGAAAACGUUUAAACGGUUUGCUUAUCCGUUUUAGGCAUGGUCGCUCGAUACUCGCCGAUACGUUCUUUCCUCGGCGGGAACGCGAAGACUGAACUUGAAUGUGGUACGCUUUUAUUGUCUGGCCCCGGCAGUCAAGGAAAAUGAAAACUUGAUGUAUUGUAUUAAUCUUGGGGGGGGGGGGGGGGACACUAAAAAGGAUCAGAUUACACGAAGAGAUAACGAAAGCGCGAUAGAAUAGUCGCUUCUGUUGGAAAAUCUGAUGUUGGGGAAAAAAUCUAACUAGCAAAUGGAAAAGUAAGAAUAAAAAAGAAUUACAAAAAAGAGAACGACAAAGGAAAAGAAAACAACGCUAUUUUUUUCGAAACCUGCCGAGUUUAUAAUAAAGUGAAAACAAAAUACCGACAUGCCGUACAUGUCGUACAUCGCAUGUCCUUGUAAACAUUUCAUGCAGCGCAGCGAAUCAUUCUAAAAUUCAUUCGGGAAACAAAAAGCCUCGGGAAAUAGACCUUGUCACGGUUUUCGACGCCAUCUUAACGAGUAGGUAAACGCGUGAGAAAUUACAGUGUUUGUAUGAGAAUCUAAUGUCGAAUAAUUUCCGUAAAACGGCUGUUCUGAAAAAAAUAUCUAUUGUAAAUUAAAGCUACAAAGCAAAGGAUUGUCCUAAGAAAUUUGGGGUUCUACCUGUGCUUAAAUUUCUCCAGAGGCUUGCUUUAGAUUUUCCAUAUAUUUGUCUGAAAUUUUCCCGGGACUUUCUUACAGACAAAUGUAUAGAAAAUUGUAAAAAGUAGUUCUAGGUCUUCUACUGCGUGUAACGCCCUCAAAUUUUUUCAGGAGAAUCCUUAGGAGUGAAGCCUUAGUUUACAAUAGAUAUUUUUUUCAGAACAGCCGUUCUAUGGAAAUUAUUCGACAUUAGAUUCUCAUACAAACACUGUAAUUUCUCACGCGUUUGCCUACCUGUCAAGAUGGCGUCGAAAACCAUGACAAGGUCUAUUUCAGAGCAGGUUUAAAUGAUUAAACUGCACAAAUAUUUUUUCACAAAUAUUUUACCGAACCUACACUAAUUUUGUAGUUGUAAGAGAAACGAUCAUUUUUUAUAUGUCCCCCUAGGCCUAAAUGUUACCAAUCGCUUCCUCUGCAAGCUGUUUUAUAAUUUCAAAAAAGUAUGCCUCAUGACACUUCAAAUUAACUUUUAUAUAGCAGGUUCGUAAAGCCACAGGAGUCUGAGUACUGACUCUUCUCCGAACAUUUAUACUUGUGAUAGCACCUUAGUUUCGAGAAAAUAAUCCUUUCAACAGGAAGGGACCAAGAAACUAUCAAAUGUUGGAAAAAAGGAAUUCAUUCAUAUGAAAAAUACGCAUAAUUUGCUUGUUGGCACUCUAUCGAUAGUUAUACCUAGUCUUAUUUCCAGCGUGUUGCAUUAUUUGACCCCGAUGCGUUUAGGCUUGUGACAAGGUUCAUUGCGUAUGCAAAUUUUUCGUGGAACUUCACAACAAAAGAUGAAACACUUUUAUAGUUUCAAGAAAAUAAUCCUUUCAACAGGAAGGGACCAAGAAACUGUCAAAUGUUGGAAAAAAGGAAUCUAUUCCUAUGCAAAAUACGCAUGAUUUGCUCGUUGGCACUCUAUCGAUUUUUAUACCUAGUCUUAUUUCCAGCGUGUUGCGUUAUUUCACCCCGAUGCGUUUAGGCUUGUGACAAGGUUCAUUGCGUAUGCAAAUUUUUUUCGUGGAACUUCACAACAAAAGAUGAAACAUGUGAAGUUCAUUUUCAAGAAGGAGAUUAUGAAUUAAACCUGGAGUGUUUAUUCGCGAUAUAACAGCUACGGUUUCAUAACAGUAUUAUAAAGAGUUAGUUACACCUAUGGUACGCAUGUUUCGGAAAUAUUUUUGAGAUAUCAUCGUUAUGAAAAAAAAAAAAAAAAGAAAUGACCGAAACAAGCGAAACCCCCGAAACGAUUUCUCUUGAUUUGCUCUUCGUUUUGAUUUUGGUUUUGGUCAUUUUGGUGCUUUCGCUCGUUUCGUUUGGUUGUUUCGGGUUUUAGCUGAGAGCAAACGAGAAGCGAACAAAUGAAUAAAGUUCAUCAGAUACGGCUUUUCAGACGGUAUUCCGGUUCAUUUUGCCAAGAUACUUCAAGUUAUUAUGCUCCAUGUUUACUAUCCGUUUAGCGUUCUAUAAGUAACUGUUUUUCCUGGAACGAUCUUGCCGACUCAUCCGUUUUCAAACGUUUCCAGCUGUCCGUUUGUGGACUUAGGUCAACCGUUUAACGGUUUAAGCUAUCCGUUUUGGGAUUUUGGUCAACCGUUUAACGUUUCGAGCUAACCGUUUAUAUUUUUGGUCAACCAUUUAACGCUUCAAGCUAUCCGUUUUUGGACUUUGGGCAACCGUUUAAAUUUUUUGCUAUCCGUUUAACCCAUUCGCUCCUGGAGAUUUUGCCGAAAAACGCGUUUUGAAGCUAGUCGAGUGGUUUUCUGGUCACUGUCGUGCUAUAAAGAGCUAAAACUUACCAGAAACCGGUUUACAGGUCGUACACUUCGCGGCCUUCUGAUCCAGAUGCAAAAUAUCAGCUUGCGAAGUUCGGGCAUGCGCAGAAAGCAAAAUUUCGAGAUAGUUUUUGGGUUUAAAAGUGACACAGCAGUCUUGACUUUUACUUUUCGCUUUCUCUCCUCCCUUCUUUUUUCGCAUUUCUUGCCUCAUUUUUUUUUUUUCUUUUGCUGGGCAUUUAGUAGGCUUCAUUUUGGUGCAAAGAGUUUUUGGGAAAGCUUUUAGGAUCUUAGGAUUAGGUGAAAGGAAAGGUAGGUGAGCAAUGUAACAAGAUUUUCAUGGAGAUUUUCAGGUCAAUGUCACGUGGUUUUUUGCUUCUUUCUCCGGUGUCCUUGACUGAAUCGUGCUCAUUCUGGUAUGGUUUGAAAGAUCUCUUCACUCUACACAAGUUAGCAAAGAAAGUUGUCCUCGACCGUUAAAACUGAUGACGUCACAAGGGGUAGAAAGGACCUGGAUCCGCACGGGCGGUUACGGGCGGUUCAGGGGUGAAUGGGUUAAAGAGCUAUGGAAACCGUUUAAACGCUUGAGUUAACCGUUUACUAUCCGUUUAGAACCGUUUUUCUUGACCGUUUAACGGAAAAGCGUUAGUGUCCGUUUUCCCAAAGAGGGUCACAUAUUAGUCGGUACAACACAGGAAUGUGAACAGAUCAAGAAAAAAAUCUUGCUAUACAGUUAAAAGAAUGCGGCUGACCAAGAAUAGGUGGCGGGCUCCUUUUGUCGCCCGCAAUGAGUUGUGGGUUAUUUCAAAUAUAAAAUUUUGAUUAUUUGACAAAACAGAGUCAAACUGUUGGAAACGCAACUGUGCGUGUAACGCAACACGACACGUAGGUUAUCAAUGAAAUGUGAACUUUGAACCAAGAUAACUCUUACAUUGCUCUUGGUGUAUUCACUGAUUUAAAAACAAUUUUGUUCUAUUGUGUAUUAAACGUUUACUACCAUAAGGGAGAACAAACCUUGCCACAUUUUUCAGAAAAGCUCUUAACAACUUCAGCAAUCUAUCUUUUAAAUAAAUACAACAAAGCCUGAAUGUGCAAUUUAGCCAGAACAUCAGCUCUCUGUAAAGUUCCAGGAAUUGCUUCAAAUAUUCUGAGAACCAUACAGGGCUCGAAAUUAACAGUGGCAAACUUGCAAAAUGCAAGUGAUUUUGAUAAUCUGCGAGUGAGAAAAAUAUCAUUUGCGAGUUAGAAUCAUCCAUUUCUCUUAAACAAAAGGAAAAAAUUUGCUAGUGGAAAAAAAAAUCUUCCCAGCAAAACUUUGCAAGCGCACUAAAAAGUUAACUUCGAGCCCUGCCAUGUCACUUUAAGGUAUCAUCAACCCUUAAGCACCCUCCUCGCAUCGAUCGGCACUACCGUGUUUGCUUUUUAUAAAUACCCCCAUAGACUGUACGUUUUCUGAAAGCUUAAUAGUUCCAGAUUAUUGCUUGUUCUUUUGAAAAAGUCAAAACAUUAACGCCAUUCAGAAAUGAUAAGCUUUUUGAGGAAGUGGGUGUCCCUGUAAAUUUAAGUCCAGGCUAACCAAAAAUAUAUGGAAGAGGCCAAUUAAAAUCACGUUCGCUUCUUAACACAUUUGGCUACAAAACCAUGUCUCAGAUUUUUGUCAAGUGCGUUUGUUCUUUUUUUAUGAGCAGUUGAAGUUAGGGAUAGCAAAUCAUUAGCGCUACCUGUGAAACAAUACUCUAACUCGCAUUGAGUUGGUGGCUUAUUUCGUGUGACAAGAUUAUAACAGAUUAUAAGAACAAAGCUGUCAAUGUUGAUGCAUACCAGAAAAGGGACAACAAUAGUGAUACCGCAGGAAAAGGUUGCAAACAAAACCCGACAACAGAGAAACAAUUUAUUUCAAAGGCACUGCUCUGUUCGAUCCUUUCUGUUGUCCAGAAAGUAUCGUUAUUUAUUUGCGACAGGCAGUUUUUAUUUUCGCAACGGACAAGGCAAGUUGAGCCAAGCCCACUUUUGCUCGAUAUAUUUUCUAAAAGUUCGACACUUCCCUUGCAAAAUUGACAACAUACUGCUUCCUGGAGUUUUUCUUGAAGCUUCUCUCCUGCUACAGUAGACUUCCGAAAAAGUCCUUCAUCCAAUUUUUAUAUGACAUGGGACCUCUGAUUGCGACUUCUUUCCUCACUUGGUGGCUUUGCGGCCUAAAAAGCUUGCUCCACUUGCUAAAAAACUCAUGACACUUGAUUCCGCGGUAGUUUCAAUGGGUUUUUCAGAAGCUUUGUCAUCUUGUCACCUUUUUUCUUGAUUGUAGUAGGAGCCCUUGUUGCUCUCCGCUAAUUUCGAAGCCCUCUCCUUGCAAAACGAUUUUGUUGUCUUUUGUCUUGGAGUCGAGGACAAAAACAGACAUUGAAGCACUUUUUUUCCUUUUUUGGAGGCAUUCACUUCCAAAAUCCAGGGAAAAACAGAAAAUAAAUUUUUUUGUCUCCUCUCAGUUCAAUAGCCUCCAAACUUGAGACUUGAUUCUCAGACUCGACCAGUGACUAGACAGAUUGCAUUGAAAGACUAUCAUUUUGAAGCUGAAGAGUUGCAUUAAUAGUAUUUAAAGAAUACACUGGUCCCCUUAAAGUAAGUCUGAAGAUAUUUCUGGUUUGUCCAGCUAGAGUGGUACUCCAGUUGGACAUAUGUCCGUUUGCAGCUGGCUCUGGUGUCUCUGUCCCUUGUUGAAUUUUUUUUGCUGGAUCUUGUAAGUUCUUUCCCUUUUUGUACUUAAGUGGCUGGCUUUUAGUAGAGCUCUUCAGCUAUUCAUGACAUUACCAUUACAUUACCAUGAAAAUUUAACACCAUGAAGUGCAGCUCAGAUCUCAUUGGCAUGUUACUGGCUAUAGUAAACUUACAGAGGGGAACAUUAGGGGGUACCCAAUACUGUAAGAAAAACUGUCGAAUACUGAAAUACUGUGUAGAAAAUCAACAAAAUAGGGUUAACUCAUUUAUGAUCGGUAACUUAAAAAGCAUGUGUGCACCAGAAAUCAACCCCAGCCAAUGUGAGAAAAUGUGAGAAGACCUCAAAUUUAUUGGUGUACAGGUUGGAAAGUCCGAUCGUUGGAUGUAUCAACAAUGCCAUAAACUGUCAGAAAUUGUGUGAUCAUUCACUGUGUUGACUAAAGGCUGAAAAUAUAAACCUUUAUUGACUGAUAUAGCUUACUGUGAAAUUGUGUUGCAUAUUGCAUUGACCUGUUUUAGACAAGUGAGUGCAAAUUAAAUUCUUUCAUUGAAUACUGUUAGCCACAAGGAUGAAAAACUCUCUGCCACAGGGCUAGGUGUUACCUCAAUACUGCACAUAAAAAUUUAAUUUACCAAAAUACCACUUGAAGAAAAGCUCAAUACCACAAUACUGUAAACCCCAAUGUCCCCCUCCUUACAAAAUGGAAUGGUAGAGGACAGAAAAUGGCAAAACCUUGUGUGACAAGUGUGACUAUGUUUAUGUUUGUCAAAAAUUUCAACAGAUUUUUUCUUCAAAAGAACAGAACACGGUAAUGUGAAGUGAAUAUUGUGACAAAACAUGCAAGUGACACACAAACUUUUUGCCAUCCUCUUUUUGCUGCUCUGUAGUGUAAGCUCACUAAAAGCAAUUGUAGAAAAAUGGAAAUGGCAGUUGCUUACAGGUGUUGAUUUUGUUUUCCCACCUAUACUUGCCUCUUUUGCCUUACGUUUGACUUUAUCUCCCACUUCAUAUUGUGAUAUUCAGUAAUGUCACCUUACAGUAUAAUCUACACAAUUUUUGUCUUAGACUGGUUUUACUCAACCUAUAAAAUAGGUAGUAGGAUACUAUGCACUAUUAUGCACGAAUUCCAUCAUCUUUUGUUUACUUCUCGCUAUUUUGCACUCAUUGUUAGUAUCUUUUUCACAGUUUAAGUAAAAUCACUCCAAUGGAAGUGGUCUGUUAAAAAAAGGUUCUUGAAUUUUAGUUUUAUGUUAUUAAGAGUCAGCUGACAUUCAUUUUUUUUCUGUUAGGUAUGAAUACCAUUGGGCAGAUGGGACAACAAUCAAGAAGCCUAUAAAAUGUUCUGCACCAAAAUACAUUGAUUAUCUAAUGACAUGGGUCCAAGAUCAACUGGAUGAUGAAACUCUUUUCCCAUCAAAAAUAGGUGAGCUUUGCUGAUGUAUUUCUGGGUAGUUUUGCAGUAAAUAAGAGAAAAAAAAGCAUGCCUGGAGUUUGGCCUCAUCCCACCACAGGGUGAAAAUAAUUUUCUGUUAGGAUAAUUUGAUAGUUUUUUAUGGCAGUUUUUAUGGCCAAGUGCAUAUAAAAAUCAAAAUCGAUAAAAAUCUUCAGCAAUCAAGUGAUUUUUAUCAAUUGUUAACGGGAAACAAUGAAAAUCUAUUGUCGGAAAUCUUUAUAUCGACUGACACAUCAAUUUAGUUUAUCGUUUUUCACUGAUUUCUGUUAUCAAUCAAUAAAAAUCACUUGAUUUCUACCGAUUUUUAUUGAUGUGAUUACCUAUGCCUGGACACCUUGCAUUGUCAAUACUGUCAAAACUCUAAAAUUAAUGAGAUGUACAUGUCUUUCUCUUUUGAAUAUUUCAGGUGUUCCAUUUCCAAAGAAUUUCCUGUCUAUUGCCAAGACAAUCCUCAAACGACUGUUUAGAGUGUAUGCCCACAUAUACCAUCAACAUUUCCUGCAUAUAGUUGGCCUUGGAGAGGAAGCACACCUCAACACAUCUUUCAAACAUUUCAUGUUUUUUGUUCAAGAGUUUAGCUUAGUUGACAAAAGGGAGCUUGCUCCUCUUCAGGAACUUAUAGAAAAGCUCACAAACAAGGAUAAAGUAUAACUCUGCCUU